AAAUCUCGUCGAUGACAGUUUGUUUUUAUUAAUUUUUGCUAAAAAGCUAAGUGCGAGUGUUGUGAUAAUGUGUUCAUAGUAAAACUUUUUGUAUUGAAAUAUUCAAUAUGGAAAUUCAACUGGUUAUUUCCUGUUUCUUACUUUCUUUUGCUUCAUGUGCCGUUAUAAUUCCUGAGGAGCUGCCAUCUUUGCUGUCAGUGGCGUACUCUAACAUCCCACCUAUAAAGAAAGGGACAGACUCGCGGGUAGGCUUUGGCUUCGCUUUCGGCAACCAUGCUGACUUUCAAGUUAUGUUGGAGCUCGGUCCUCAGACUGACACGAUGGCGUUAAAUGGUCAGCCGUUCCCUAAGAAUGGUAACAGUAACAGCAAACGACAAGCACCGUCGCCACCAGCGAAAAUAAACAAGAAUAGAGAAAAGUUCCUCCAAACCGAUGCGGGGAAAUACCUACAAAAUUGGGCCCAGAAGAUGAAAAAUCCCCCUAAACCUGUGAAAAGGCCAGCUCCAAGACCUGGCGAUGUCAUGAAUCUAGAAGAUUCCCUGGUAGAACUAGUCAAAAACGAAAAAGGGGAGUAUGAAAUACACCAACCCAAACCUGGUCACAUGCCGCAGUAUGUGCUGGAUAGUCUGAAGAGGUUAUAUGGAGAAAAGAAGGAAGAAGCGAAGAAAUUAGUGGAGAAGAAGCGAAGCGAGGCGGAGAUUAAGAAGAUAACUGAAGAUUUGUCUAACGUUGAUUUGGAUUAAAUAAAUUGCAAUGCUUGUAGUAGUA